GCUGUGGAUUUUGGCGCGUUUUGGAUCGUGUGUUCUGGUGUGACCGGUGUUCGCUGCACGCGUGGGACAUCUCGUGGCGCGCUCGUGGUGCGCUGGUGGUGCACAAAUGGUGCAAAUGAACAACAAACCAGAAGUGAAUUUAUGAAACACUGCCCUGCGGAAACGUUGGUGAAAGAAUUGUAACUAACAGUGCAACAAAACACAGUGCCAUUCGUGUAGUGUUAAGUGACAUCAAUUGUAUGGAUUAAUUGCUGCGCAAGGAUCAAACAGUUCAUCCCCGUGUGCUCGAAAAUGAAGAGCACUACCAUAUUGCUUGGUGUGCUGCUAGCCGUCGGAACGGCAAGGGCGGACAUUUCCACCCUCCUGCGUGGUGGCUACUCGAACAACAACAUCCUGCAGGACGAUGGAUACCAUUACGACAAACCAAAGGUACCGUUCGAGGAGCCAACGACACCGCGCAAGUGUGCGGUAUCGGAUCAAAAUCCGGACGGAAGCUGUGGCUACGAUUACCCGAAGCCGGAUCAAUCCUUCACGCUGCCCAACGAGUAUCUGCCACCAACAACGACGACGACACGCAGGACAACAACGACAACACGCCCUACGACGACGACAACGCGCAGAACCACAACUACUACGCGCCCAACGACAACCACCACGCGAAGAACUACAACCACAACACGUCCAACAACGACGACUACUCGCCGAACUACUCCGGUUCAGGAAUAUCUCCCGCCGAGCACUACCCGUCGGACGACUACAACUACCCGGCCCACGACUACGACCACCCGUCGUACGACAACUACCACCAGACCGACGACGACAACCCGAAGAACGACUACACCGCGUGUCGUAACAACGACGAGCAAGUGUCCUCUGUCGGCUCAGAAUCCUGACGGUAGCUGCGGUUACGAUUAUCCGAAACCGGAUCAAUCAUUCACCCUACCGAACCGUGUGUCCACCACGACCACCACUCGCCGACCUCCAACAACGACGACAAGACGAACGACCACAACCACGCGUCCAACGACUACCACAACGAGACGUACCACCACAACGCCGCGGGUCGUAACCACUACCAAGUGUCCACCGUCGGCCCAGAACCCUGAUGGAAGCUGCGGAUACGACUAUCCGAAGCCCGAUCAGUCCUUCACCCUGCCGAAUCGUGUUUCAACCACCACGCAAAGACCAACGACAACAACUCGUCGGACGACAACGACCACAAGGCCAACGACAACGACUACGCGCCGUACGACCACUGCCACCACACGACCAACCACUAGAACAACGCAGCGGAUUGUGACCACCACCACAAAGUGUCCUCCGUCGGCCCAAAAUCCGGACGGAAGCUGUGGUUACGAUUAUCCCAAGCCGGAUCAAUCCUUCACGCUGCCCAAUCGAGUCUCAACAACCACGCCUCGACCGACAACGACCACGCGUCGUACGACUACAACACGCCGGACAACGCAACCUCAGGAGUAUCUUCCACCUACGACGACGACGAGACGAACGACGACGAGACGAACGACGACUCGGCCCACAACAACGACAACACGUCGCACUACCACCACCACCACCCGUCCAACGACCACAACCCGUCGAACAACGACACCGAGGAUCGUAACCACUACCAAGUGUCCUGUUUCGGCACAGAAUCCUGAUGGAAGCUGUGGCUACGACUACCCGAAACCGGACCAGUCCUUUACACUGCCAAAUCGUGUGUCCACAACGACCACAACCCGGCGAACAACACCGCGCCAGGAAUAUCUACCGCCAACGACAACGACCCGCCGGACGACCACGCGUCCUACAACGACGACAACUCGUCGCACAACAACCACCACACGCCCAACAACCACAACAACACGGCGAACCACCACGAGGCCCGUUGUAACGACGACCAAGUGUCCUGUUUCGGCUCAAAAUCCUGACGGAAGCUGUGGAUACGACUAUCCGAAGCCGGAUCAAUCCUUUACACUGCCCAACAGAGUAUCUACGACAACAACCCGCCGGCCAACAACCACUACCACUCGUCGUACGACGACUACCACCAGAAGGACUACACCCGCUGUAGAGUAUCUGCCACCGACGACGACCACACGUCGAACUACCACACGGCCACCAACCACUACCACACGCCGCACAACCACCACCACCCGACCGACUACUACGACCACAAGAAGGACGACAACUACCACGCGCCCAACAACCAGAACGACACCGCGUAUCGUAACGACCACAAAGUGUCCUCCAUCGGCGCAGAAUCCGGACGGAAGCUGUGGGUAUGAUUACCCGAAGCCGGAUCAAUCCUUCACGCUGCCUAAUCGUGUAUCGACGACAACUCCAAGACCAACCACUACCACUCGUCGCACUACAACGACCACACGUAGAACAACUCCGGCCCAGGAAUAUCUGCCACCGAGCUCCACUACUCGUCGCACGACCACAACAACCAGGCCAACGACUACCACCACGCGGCGCACAACCACUACUACUCGUCCAACAACGACGACCACAAGAAGAACGACAACUACCACAAGGCCCACGACCAGGACGACACCGCGUAUCGUAACCACUACGAAGUGUCCACCGUCGGCACAGAAUCCGGACGGAAGCUGUGGAUAUGAUUACCCGAAGCCGGAUCAGUCCUUUACCCUUCCGAACCGUGUGUCCACUACCACCACCACCACCACAAGACGGCCAACUACGACAACACGCCGUACCACAACGACUACUCGCAGGACGACUCCGCCGCAGGAGUAUCUGCCACCGACCACUACCACGCGUCGUCCAACGACAACGACCACUCGCCCAACUACUACGACAACGCGUCGUACGACCACCACCACUAGGCCUACAACCACUACCAGGCUAACGACUACUACCACUCGCAGAACGACAACACGACCCCCGCCAGUAGUGACGACCAAGUGUCCACUGUCGGCACAGAAUCCGGACGGUAGCUGCGGUUACGAUUACCCGAAGCCGGAUCAAUCGUUCACCCUUCCGAACCGUGUCUCUACAACUACACCACGAACAACUACGACUCGUCGAACAACUCCACCUCAGGAGUAUCUACCACCAACUACUACCACAACUACCCGUCGGCCAACAACGACCACUACGACGCGCCGUACAACGACCACCUCACGGCCCACGACUACGACUACUCGGAGAACCACACCGCCAGUGGAGUAUCUACCGCCAACGACAACGACCCGACGUACCACAACCACCACACGUCCAACGACAACGACUACACGCCGAACAACCACAACCACCAGGCCAACAACGCGCACAACGCCUCGCGUAGUGACAACGACCAAAUGUCCACUGUCUCAGCAAAACCCGGACGGUAGCUGCGGUUACGAUUACCCGAAACCGGACAAUUCGUUUACGCUUCCGAACCGUGUCUCAACUACUACCACCCCGAGACCCACCACGACAACAACACGACGCACAACGACCACUACUAGGACCACUACCACGCGCCGUACGACACCGCCCCAGGAGUAUCUGCCACCAUCGACCACCACAACGAGACGCACCACGACCACAACGCGACCCACUACGACCAGGACGACGUCAACCACUACCACGACAACUCCACGGCCAACCACAACCACGGCGAAGGGGUGCAGCGAUGGGGAGCUCAACCCGGACGGUACCUGCGGUUACGAUUAUCCGAAACCACCCAACCCGCUCACACUGCCACCAAAGAUUCCGACCACGCCGGCACCCGAAUAUCUGCCACCGGACGAAACGACCGGCUACGAUUACCCCAAGCCAGCCAUACCGUUUAACUUCUAGAAAACUGUCCUUUGGGUCUCCCCCCCGUUUCAUCCCUUAAUUCCUUACUAUCUGUUUAGUGUGUUUUUGUGUGUGUGAGUGUGUUUUUUUUGCGUAUGUGCUGUGUACAUCUCGGUAAGGUCGUCGGGGUUACCGUCUGUUUCGUCCCCAUAGUUUAAGGGCACCCGUAGUUAGUAACAAUGUCGAAUCUUGCGAGUCUCGUGUUUGGAUUUCUUAAGGUACAAAAUUUACCAUGUGUGUGUGUUUUUUAAAGGUAAUUUUAGCGAAACGGAAGCUCACAUGUAGGGAAGUGUGGAAAAUACUCAUCAAACACCAUAAGUUAGUCAGCUGAUGAAGAUUGUUCCCAGUGCGCAUUGGAAGAGUAGACAGUAGAAUUGUACCAAUCCUAUGCUCUCCUAGUGGAGCAGCAGCAGGGGGAGCGUUCGAUAUCGUGCAGAAUAUUAAUGUACCGAAAGGGAGGAAAGCGAUCGGGCAACAAUUUGAGGUCGCGGAAUAAAGCCAACCACAAGUGAGAAAGCGAGGUAUAAUAUUUU